AUGGAGAAACUUGAUCAUCGACAAGAUAAUUCUUUUGUCAAUGUUCGAAUCACCCUCAUUGUCAUCGCCAUCGUCUCUUUUCCUUUCAACCUAGUUGGCAUCUUCACUGAAAAUGCCCAGACUGCUUCGAUCAACCAGCUAGUGGCUCUUAGUAGCUCUGGCCUAUCAUCUAUUCUAUUGCUCUAUCGGUACCGGCGAGAUCGAGCAUCGUCAAAAUCUACUGGUGGUGUGAAGGUGAUCAUCACCGACCUUCUCUUCGCAACCUACCUCACGGUGGUGUACUUGACUAUGCUCAUCGCUGUCGGGGCCGUGGGCAAGCAUGUGGUUUGUGUUUAUGGCAACCUAGCAUGUCUUGUCUCAGGACUUGUCCAUGCAUAUGCAACCUUGAUGGCUGCUAUAAACAGAUACAAGGCUUAUUUAGCCCGCAUGUCUCGGCCUAAGAGUGUCGCCUUCUGUUCCCGGUGCUCCUGCAAGUUGAAUGAUCAUAUCAUGGAUGAAGAUCAGGAGACGGGUGUGGCUGUUCUUAAGGCGUCUCCAGAACUCAUCGAUGCCGAGAGUGUAUCUCUCAUGGAUGGUGAUUGUCCUCCCUUCCGGGCUUCCGAAGACACUGCUGUCAGUCUAAGAAGUGUCGUUACUGUGGAGACAUUUGACGGGCAUUCGGCAGGAGGAGACACAAAGUGA